AUGAAUCCUUGCCGACCGGGGAAGACUCAGAGAUGGAGUAACGAGAGACCUGUGAAGCGGAGCUGGGGCCGGCUUGGGAGCCGGAAGCCCGGAGCGUCCCCGGAGCAUGCUCUCUUGAGAGCUGGGGCAGAUCGGUGGGUGAGGAGGGAUAGCCAGGGGAGGACUCCGGCCUUGGAGUCCUGACAAGGUCACAGGAAGCGAGAGAGGAGAAAGGUUGAGAGAUUGAAGGGAGGGCGAAAAACAGAGGUAGUCCACUGCCUACCUCCUGUCCCCAACCCGGUGUUUCCAACCACCCUGUGCGCCUUGACCUACCCUGUGAAGGUUCGAAGGCCUCAGGUCCUGUUUGAAGCAUCUGUGACGGAAUUAAAAUUUCUUCUUGAAAAGUAAGCCUGUGGAUGGGAAAUUACAAAGCAGGGUAUGAGUUUAGAAUUGGAAGCCGCUGGUAUGACUUCAGCGGUGUUACUCGCCUUUUUCUGUUUGAUUACCCGCGGUGAAUGCAGCUGUUUCCCUCUUCAGGGGAAUCCCUACCAAAGGGAUCUAUGCUUCCGGAAGUACCCAGGCACUUCCGAGUAAGACUAGUUUGAAUGAAGAGUUGUGACAAAUUGUAGUACUAUGCUUCAGAAUCGACUCGAUGGCAAGGGGUUUUUGGUUUAGACCAGGCGUUCUCUUACUUUGGUGUGGACCAGAAUCACUUGAUGGGGCUUCUUAAAAGACAGAUUCCUUGAGCCCUGCCCAGACCGUGUGAAUCAGCAUCUCCAGGGUGGGGCCUCAGCAGCCGUUUUAAACAAGCUUGAUAGGAAGAUUCUUCAACCAAUCACUAUGUCAUCCAACACAGAUGUUUCUCUUUCUUCAUAUGAUGAAGAUCAAGGAUCCAAACUUAUCCGAAAAGCUAAAGAGGCACCGUUUGUCCCCAUUGGAAUGGCAGGUUUUGCAGCAAUCGUUGCAUAUGGAUUAUACAAACUGAAGAGCAGGGGAAAUACUAAGAUGUCCGUCCACCUGAUUCACAUGCGGGUGGCAGCCCAAGGCUUCGUUGUGGGAGCAAUGACAUUUGGUAUGGGCUAUUCCUUGUAUCAGGAAUACUGUGCAAAACCUAAGCCUUAGAAGAAGAGAUACUAUCUUCGUCUUGUUAGCGUUGCUUGGUUAGACACCUCGUUUUUAAGUUACAUGUUUACUUCGAAAAUAAACCAUUUAAGUGGGUUCAGAUAAGAACAUAGUAUUCUGAAUAUAGGCUUUCUUCACUGCAGGCUUGACUAGCUUCGUGACCAAACUGCUAGUACCUAGGUCACUCACUAGGUCAUUAGGGGAGUCAAGUCAGCAAAAAGAAACAUGCCACCCAAAUUCUCUUGACUGCGAUAAAAUGCCCACAUUCUUAAACUCUUAGGAUGAAAUUAGUUCCAGAAAAGACAGCAGGCCAACGCUGAAGUGCUUCCAGUUGCUGCAGAAUAUCACAUGCUUUGGAUGUCAUGUUAGAGUGCUGUGUACCCCUAUUAAUUUAACUUUUUUCUGCCUGCCUUGUGGACUGGUUGAGUACCUCAGUUUCUAGGGCUAGCUGACUCUUGAAGAACCCUUUCAGAAAAGUGGAUGGAAUAUAGCAUAUUGUCCCCUACAACUGAAAGUGUGUGUGUGUUUAAACCCAAAAAGCUGGUAACAGCUGCUUAGAAGUGUAUUUAUUUUAGAAUUAUACUUACACACAUGAGAAUAACUUAAUUAUGGAUUCUAAUUUAACUCUUGUAAUUGUAGAAUUAUAUUUUUGCUGCUGUCAUAUUAGAAUAAUUUUUAAACGUUAUCUUGAAAUAGCAAUGUGUAUUUUAAUUGGUAAUCCGAAAGUAAAUGAAGAACACUUUUUAAAUGUGUGCAGUGUUUUUAUUUUCUCUGUAAGAAUAAUAAAUGUUAAACACAUUACCUAUAUUGGAGGUGAUUAAUGAUUUCAUGAGCUAGCUGAUUUGGUCAUACAUUAUAUACAAACUUUUGAGAUACUGUAGAAUGUACUUGUGAAAUUCUCUUGUCUAACCUAAAUUUACAUUCCAUGGUAAUAGCAUGGUAUAUAUAUAUUGUCAUUAAAGUCAAUGAACACA